CACUUGUAAAGGCGACCACUUCCUGCAGCCCAGCGGGUCCCCGGACCCCACCGUCCGUUGUUCUGUAUCCCAGAGAUAGACAGACAGACAGACAGACAGCCGCCUCACUCUCCCCCCCCCCCUUGCGGGAGUGACGUCACCGCAGCCCAGGGCUUUUCCGGUAAGAGGAGGCCUCGCGCAGGUCCAGCAGUGGCGUCACUUCCGGUGUUGGGCAGUGUUAUUGUUAUGCUGUGCUGCCUGUGCGGCCUGCUUACUGAGGGUUAUUGAUAAAGUUAUGUGCAGGAAUAACGGGGAAAGCGCAGGCCCAGAGCUGUGUGAGCAGGAAUAGCGGAGAGAAUACAGGUACAGGGCUGUGUGUGCAGGAAUAGCCGGGGGGUACAGGGCUGUGUGUGCAGGAAUAAGGGCUGUGUGUGCAGGAAUAGCCGGGGGUACAGGGCUGUGUGUGCAGGAAUAGCCGGGGGUACAGGGCUGUGUGUGUGCAGGAAUAGCGGGGGUGGGGCUGUGUGUGCAGGAAUAGCUGGGGGUACAGGGCUGUGUGUGCAGGAAUAGCCGGGGGUACAGGCUGUGUGUGCAGAAUAGCCGGGUACAGGGCUGUGUGUGCAGGAAUAGCCGGGGGUACAGGGGGCUGUGUGUGCAGGAAUAGCCGGGGUACAGGGCUGUGUGUGCAAGGAAUACGGUGGGUACAGGGCUGUGUGUGCAGGAAUAGCGGAGAGAAUAUAGGUACAGGGCUGUGUGAGCAGGAAUAGCCGGGGGGGUACAGGGCUGUGUAUGCAGGAAUAGCCGGGGGGUACGGGGCGGCGUGUGCAGCAAUAGCCGGGUGGUACGGGGCGACGUGUGCAGCAAUAGCAGGGUGGUACGGGGCGACGUGUGCAGCAAUAGCAGGGUGGUACGGGGCGACGUGUGCAGCAAUAGCAGGGUGGUACGGGGCGACGUGUGCAGGGAUAGCAGGGGAGGUACCUCUCUGUGUGUGCAGGAAAAGAUGAAUACACAGGGCUGUGUGUGUUGUAGUAGUAUAGAAAGUGCAAGAGGUGGGUUGCGUGCGCUGGAAGAAUUGUCGAUACAGCAGAAUGUGACCAAGACCGGGGGUGCAGGAAUAGCUGAAUGUGUGUAUGCCCUAGACUUGGGUGUGCAGGAGUAACAAAAUGUGUGCAUGGCUUGUGCUGGGCGAACAAGAAAAGCAGAAGGUGUACAGUACCUGUUCUGGGUGUGCAGGAAUAGUAGAAGAUGGGCAAUUUUGGGUAUGCAGUGUGACAAGGGCUUUGACAGCCCUAUUUCCUAAAAUCACUAUUGCAAGUGUAGUGACUGUAUAAUGUCUGGAAAUAUUAGCUUGUCAAGCUUUAUGGAAGUGAAAUAAGUUUUACUUGGUGUGAUGCUGAUAAAUACAUCUGUUGUUUAUCUGUUUAGACUUUACUAGUGAACAACCAACGUUAACGCAGAGGGAAACACUGUGAAAACCAUCAUGUUUCGCUUUAUGAGAGACACCGAGCCUCAAGACCCAGCCAUGUUUAUGAUGUGAGUGCAUAUUUUGGUCUCUUGUAACUGGUUCUCAUGGAAUUAUGGUUAAUGUUAGAAUCUGGCAUAUUCUUUCUACAGGGACCCCUUUGCUUUGCAUCGGCAGCACAUGAGACGCAUGUUUUCUGGAAAUUUUGGGAUGUCCCCAUUCCUAGGAAUUACAGAUGGGAGUGUUUCAGGCCUUCCCCGACCUGCACAUCCCCGUAGCAUACAGGUAGGCAGCAAUAUUCAUAUAUGUUUAAUACAAACCUAUGUCCUGUAAAUGUGCUGUCAGAUUCCUCACAUAAGAUCCAGAGCGGGCAUCAUCUGAACCCCUAGUGACGAUUUGCACUUGGAUAUAAUAAAUAGUUGUACUCUGGGUGAUGCUGAAAUACAGCUGUUGUGCGUAUGUUAAAACUUUACUAGUGAAUGGCCAAUGUUAAUGCAGAGGGAAAAACACAACGGUCAAACCCUUUCUUCAUUAAAUGCAGUUGAAUGUCGGUAUAUUAGUCUAACCUAUCCUGAUAAUGUUCCUUAACCCCCAUCUACACUAGAAGUUAACACAGCAGAAUUAUCUGUUCUAAUAAUGUGAACUGUGUGAAUAUCCUAUCUUGAUCACUUUGUCAUGAUGUAUCUGUUCUGUUUUUAUGUCCUUUUGUGAUUUUGAUCGUUUUAGCCCGGUGCAGUGACGCCUUUUGGAAUGAUGGGAAUGGUGAGUGUGCAUUGUGUAGGCUUUGUAUAUGUAUAUAUGUUGUCAUUUGUCAGUGGGAAGCGGUUGAGUCCUCAGCCAGAAUUUAGGCUAACAUUGUAACUGGAUGUUGAUUUAAUGUGUGUGGUGUUUACCGAUUUAGUUUAGGAUCAGGACUGAGUGCGCACACACUGGUAUAGAGAUUGCUUUCCUAGCUCUGAGUUAGUUUGAAAUAGUCUGGUUGUACUCCCAGUAUAGGGCUUAUCAAGCCUAAGUUGGGUUAGGAUCAGGACUUGGUGUAGGCACAAUAGAGAGGUUGCUGCUGUGCCCUGUGUAUUAGGGACAGUACUUUGGUUGAGCACACUGUAUAGGGAUUAUUGCAGAACCCUGGGUUUAGAAAUUUUGGCUAGGUGUGCAUCCUGUAGAAGGCUUAUGUCUGAACCCCGUGUCAUGCCAGAACUGUAGCUGGGUGUGCACACUGUGUAUUGACUGUUACUGUCCUGGAGUUGGAUUAGGAUAUGAGCUGUGUUUACACACUGUGCAAGAAUUUAAUCCAAGCUCAGAUUUUGGUUAGAAUCAGAACUGGGCAGACAGUGCAUGUUGUGAUUUGAGUCUUGACUUGGUUUAGGGUUGGGACAAAUUGCACAUACAGCGAAAGCAUUGGCUCGGAUCCCUGGGCUAUUGGUGUGCACACAGUAUAGCCAUUUGUUAUCGAACCCUGAAAGGAUGAAUGAGAUGCAGUGUGCAUAUUGUACAAAUUCAUGGUGUUAGUUUUGUAAUUGUUUCAUGUGAAUCUAUUUAGGGAGGAGGAUUUAUGGACAUGUUCGGAAUGAUGAAUGAUCUCAUGGGUGGAAUGGUGAGUAUGCCUUUUUUUAUUUUAUUUUUAUCUGUUUUUCUUUUUAUGUACUUUAAACUUUUUUUAUUUUUUUUUUUAUUUAUUUUUUUAAAUUGUAAUAUUUUCCACUUUUCUUUUUUUUCUUUCUUUUUUCUUGAUUUCUUUCAACCAUAACUGUCUGUCCCCUUCUCUCUAGCCUGGCUGCUCCUCUCCUUUUCCAGUAGGGCUGCAACAAAUAAUCGUCUCAUAUUGUAUAUGCUAUUACAAUUGUAUAGGUUAGUUCACUGUGAUGAAUAUUUGUCAUAUUUAACGCAGGGAAGAAAAGGACAUGUGAGAAGCUUCUUUCAUGAUACAUUCUUCUCAUGUGCUACAUGACUUGCAGGCCGUAUAAGAUGACCCAGGAGCCCGGGGGCAAGCUCAUCGUUUUGCAGGCUAUAUAUAAAGUGAAAAGCACAGUUUGAGGCACAUUGGGAGAAUUGUCAAUGUAAUCUAUCUGCUUUGUAAGAAAGGCAAAUAAUGUUUGUGUGAAUCAAGGAGGCAGGCUUAAAGGAAAAUGUAGUUCCUGUAUGGGACACCUAUUUCAGAGCACUAUAUCUUCAGAUUAUUGCAUUCCCCAUGUGUAUUAGCAGUAGAAAGAGGGAAGUGCUCAUGCAAUUGUACAGAACACUGGUGAGACCUUACUUGGAGUAUUGUACGCAGUACUGGAGACAGUAUCUCCAGAAGGAUAUUGAUACUUUAGAGAGAGAGUGAGUUCAGAGAAGAGCUGCUAAACUGGUUCAUGGAUUGCAGGAUAAAACUUACAAGGAAAGGAACUUAACAUGUAUAGCUUGGAGGAAAGACGAGACAGGGGGAUAUGAUAGAAAAAUUUUAAAUACAUAAAGGGAAUCAACAACGUAAAGGAGGAGACUAUAUGUUUAAAAGACGAAAAACUACCACAACAAGAGGACAUAGUCUUAAAGGACCACUAUAGGCACCCAGACCACUUCAACUUAAUGAAGUGGUCUGGGUGCCAGGUCCAUCUAGGAUUAACCCUUUCUGCUGUUAACAUAGCAGUUUCAGAGAAACUGCUAUGUUUACUUAUGGGUUAAUCCAGCCUCUAGUGGCUGUCUCAGUGACAGCCGGUAGAGGCGCUUCCCACUGUGAUUUUCACAAUGAGAAGACGCCAGCGUCCAUAGGAAAGCAUUGAGAAUGCUUUCCUAUGGACUGGCUGAAUGCGUGCGCGGCUCUUGCUGCGCAUUCAACCGAUGACCGCGAAAAGGUGGAGGAGAGUUCCCUGCGCAGAUGGGGCCCGGCAGGUGAAAACAGGUAAGAUUUAACCCCUUCCACCUCCUAGAGCUCGGUGGGUGGGGGGGGGGACCUAGAGACCCUAUACUGCCAGGAAAACGAGUAUGUUUGUUUGUUUUUCCUGGCACUAUAGUGGUCCUUUAAACUAGAGGGGCAAAGGUUUAAAAACAUUUUAUCAGGAAGUAUUACUUUACUGAGAGGGUAGUGGAUGCAUGGAAUAACCUUCCAGCUGAAGUGGAAGAGGUUAACACAGUAAGGGAGUUUACGCAUGCAUGGGAUAGGCAUAAGGCUAUCCUAACUGUAAGAUAAGGCCAGGGACUAAUGAAAGUAUUUAGAAAAUUGAGCAUACUAGAUGGGCCGAAUGGUUCUUAUCUGCCGUCACAUUCUAUACGUUGGCUGGCAAUUCCAGAGCGGUUUUAUUCUAUGUAUGCCUAGGCAUCAUGUGGUCAACUUGCUAAAGACCUCACUGAACACCAGACAGAUUCAGUUAUCAGUAGUGAAUUAAAAAAAAUUAAAAAUAUCCACAAUUCAGAGUAGGGUUUGAGGAGCCAAUGUUUUUUAUUAAUGAACCAAUUUUAAUGAAAUUACAUACAAUAAAUGCUUAAUGUAUGGAGGUUUUGUUUGACUAGGUACGGAGGAUGACAUAUUUUAAAUGAGCUUCAUUUGCUGCCUUGCGAAGUUGGGCUCUUUCAAUUGCGUUCUUAAUAACAUUAGUUAAUGUUUGAGGCUGUAGCACUCAUUUUUGCCCAGAUAUUCUCCUUGAGCUGCUCAAUUGUACGUGAUAUUUAUUUUACAUUUUUUGUUUUUCCCAUGUACACCUGCUACUUCAGAUAUCACCACAGGAAGUAAUCGGGAGCUGAAAGAUCAGGCGACGUGGCAGCCAGUUCAUUUGGGAAUUUCUUGAAAUUACCAGACCUUUCAGCUCCUCCAGUACUUCCUGUGGGGAUAUCUGAAUGAGUAGGUGUACAUUAACAAAUGGCGUACACUUGAGCAGCUCAAGGAGAAUAUAUGUGCAGAAAUAGCCUCAAACAUCAACUAAUGUUAUGAACAAUGUUAUUGAAAGAGCCCGAACUUGCAAGGUGGUAAAUGGAGCUCAUUUAAAAGAUGUCAUUUUCCAUACUAGUCAAACAAAUCUCUAUACGUUAAGCAUUUAUUGUAUGUAAUUUCAUUGAAAUUUGUUCAUUAAUAAGUUGUCGGCUCCUCAAACUCCACUCUGAAUUUUACUUUUAUUUUUUAUUUAUUAUAUAUAUACAGCCCGUGGUAUCUGACUACUUAAACAUUCAAUCUAGGCACCAUAUUCAUGUUUAAUAGUGCAAAGUGCCCCCUGGGGCUGCCCCACAAUAAGUAGAAGUAUUAGUAGUCGUUAAAAGGUUUGACACUUUCCUGGGAAUCUGCGCGCCUCCUGGAAUGGUGCCCGUGGCCACUUGGUUACAUAAACACUACGUGCUAUUGUGAUACAAGAGUUUAAGCAAUCUUUUUUCAAGUAUUCAAAGCUUGCAUGCAUCUUCACUAUCUGGCCAUUUGUAAACCUGUUUUUGUGUGUGUUCUUUUGUUUUUUAAUUUUAUCUUAUCUUUGCAUAUCACAGGAGCAGAUCUCUUCAGGGUCAAACUGUCAAACAUUCUCCUCAUCCACGGUUAUAUCCUAUUCCAAUAUGGGCGGGAGCACCACUCCAAAGGUGUAUCAGGAGACCUCACAGACACGCUUAGCACCGGGUGGAGUAAGUAAAAUCUGUAGGAAGGACUGGUACAAAUACAUCUGUCAUGGAGGUUUCCUCCUCCCCGACACUAAACACCACAAAUAAGGGCUGUUGUCAUUGGGGGGAGGGGGGCUGGUGCUUGUUCUGACUUAGAGCUGGAUGAACUCAGGGGAUCACCUGAACACAUUUUCGCACCGAGUGCCUGACAGGGAGAUACCCUCAAUCACUUUGGAACUUUUCAUCGAAUUGGAACUGUACUACAAUCCAGUGAAUCUUUGAUUGGGUGUCGCUCUGUCCCCAGACCACCAACCACAGUGCUAUUUGGUUGAGGAUAUCGGGGAGGUGAGGAGGCAUCAUAGGAUACCCAGGACUUGCAGGUGCUCUUCUCCCCAGAACUCCAGGAACUUGUUUAACGAGGCCAAGACCACCUUGCUGUAUCUGAGAACAGCAGUGAAAUUUCAACACGCUGCCACUUGAGUGGAUUUUCUGAUUUUUACUCUUUGGGGAGAAACUCAGGCCAGUGAUAAGGCAUCUGUGGAUACACAGGAGUUGGGCUACUUUAACUCUGACUGGGAGAAACAGCAAAAUUUUAUGGAAAUUUGUGCUGGUUCGAAGGAUUUCCAUGACCUAGUGAAACUUUAAAGUACUCUUGCUUGGCUUGGUAUCUCAGAUCCGGGAGCUUUUUGAAAAAGAUGGUAGCUCAGGAGGUGAGCUAGCUAGAGAUGUCUGUGUUGUGGGUAUACUAUGUUGGAAAGGGAAACUUAGGGGGCUUAGAUUUCCUGGUACCCCUGUCGGCGGGGGGGGGGGAAGGGGGUUCUAUACGCAUUGGCUAUGUAUAAAUGUGUCAGUUGGUUGAAUAAAGUACACUCUGUUUUCACCCUUCAUCAAGUCUCGGCUGAUGUUUAGGUGAGCUGCUUUAAUUACUGAAAGUAUACUGCUGAAAAAGAAUUGAUGGAGAUACUCAGACUGAGUAUCAAGCUCAGUCAAAUCAAUGGUAGCAGAGGGAUAGACUCCCUAAAAACAGGAUACAAAGCGUUUCAAGCUGGCUCUCCUCGGUGGACGAAACUGCAUUUCCACGGCCUAAAGAGGAGAACCUCAAAAGACUUAAUGAGGCUAGAGGAAAGCAUGCUCGCAACAAUUUUAAGACCUCCCUUGUGGCUGAGCUGAUGGAGAGUGACCGAACCAGCACCUCAUCGUCUGGAGGAUCCAAGGAGUCUGACCUUCAGAGAGAGGUAUGAGUGUGGUUGGCUAUGUUGGGUCCAAAUCCAGAUGUGCUACAGCCUGAGUGGGAGCACAGGAUAUGCAUGGAUGAAAUACAGCACCAUGUUGGGGAUGCUGUUACUUCACAAGAAUCAGCGACUGGACGAAGGAAAACAUUGCCUUACAUAGCCUUCAGAAUUUUGAGACCGUGUAAUCUGUAAAGUGUAGAUCCCGCUGACUGGGUCUCAAUUGUGAUCCGCAAAUUAACAGGGAGGGCUGCAGAUGCAGCGCUAACUAUGAAAAGGUAAAAGAACCAAUACUGGCUCAGUAUGCUGAUUAUCCUGAGACUUACCGGUGAUGAUUCUGAGGACUUUGUAAGACUAUAGAGCCAUCAAACCUAAUGGAGCUCACAUUAGAACUUUACAACUUUGCGAACCCCGAGGAGCACAACUGGGUAUAGGACCGAUGACCCACUGUUGUGGAAGAUGAAUAUCAGGACGGUCGAAAAUUGUAAAGAACGACAUCCAGACCUGUAUACUGACCAGGCAUAAUAUAUUCCCCAUCCAAGGCGUGAUCCGACCAAUCCCACUGUCAACUUGACAGCCCCAGCACCUACACGGAGAAAUGGAGAAUGCUGUUUUAAGUGCAACCAAAUUGGACACAUCCAAGAGAAGAUAAACUUUGAGCAGGAACAGUGGACCACCAUACAUGAAAGCGAUUCAGUUAAAAGAACAACAAGGGACAACCAGCACCACAGGCAGACUGCUAUCCUCAAUGGUCAAGCAGUUAACAGGCUGGGAAACACCAGAGCUAUGCUCACCCUGUUCCAGCAUAAUUUGGUCCCCAACCAAGUUAAAGUGAGUACUCCAUGGCAGUGAGAGUGUCAGGACCAUCUGAUGUUUGCCCACAUACUCCAGGACGGGGGAACAUAUGCCCUCAACCUGGAGGUGGGCAUCAAGGAUUUACCUGCAGAGGUUUUGCUGGGAAAUCACCUCCAGCUUCACACCGACCUCUGCCGAGACAGUUUACCACUAGGCUCCAGACCAGAACAGCCACCCCCUCACACUCUGUGAAACGCCAGGUCUUACAAAAUACUCCUGCCCCAACUGACAUUCCCUCACUGACCUGGGACAUGCCAGCAAAGUUUGAAAAAGACCAUCUGGGAGGAUCGAACUCUAGACAGGUUUUGGACUAAGGCCAUGACUGAUCACAGAGUGCUGAAAGGUGUAAAGCUAGCGGUAGGCAACUGCCAAAUAGGGUGACUGAGGGAUCAGUGGGAGUCUAUGCUACCCGAAAUCCAGAGGCUGUAGCACAUUCCAAUAUUCAGACAAUGGUCGAUGCCCUAGUGAAGAUUUUCUAACAAGUAGGUUUCUGACCAGGGUACCCAAAUCAUGGUCGAUCUUACCCCACAGCUCUGGAAGCUGUGUGGGGCAAAACCUCUAAGUUCCCCCUACUACUUGCAGACCAACAGCCUAUGCGAAUGCUUCAACGACACACCUCAGAUGCUUUGCUCCUUUGCCUCUACCAGUAGGUAUUGGGAACAAUUCCUGCUGCAUCUCCUCUUCACAUAUUUAGAUGUACAACGGGAUUCUCUCCAUUUGAUUUGCUACAUUGAAUUGAGGGGACCCACAAAUUUCAUACAGGAACACUGGGAGGGAGAGAGCAGUGAUGAGAGGACCUCGAUUGCCCCAUGCUUUUUGUAGCUGCAGGACUGAUUUGAGUCCCUGACCGAGACGGGAAAAUCUUCAUUUUGCUCCAAACCACCAGAGGGCAAGGUAUGAUCUGGGUGCUAGGGGCUGCACUUUCCAAAUGGGCCAGAAGGUAUUUGUAUUGAAACCAAACAGGACAAAUUACAGGCAGCCUGAAAAGGACCAUAUUGGGUGGUGGGACAAAUGACACCACCUAUGUGGUCUCAUUGUGUAUGGAUGAGAGGAUCUGCAAGAUUUUCCACAUGAACAUUAUGAAGGAAUAGCUAGAUGGAGAAGAGGCGGUGGUGGUUUGCGUUCCCGUAGUAGAGAGAGCACAGUGACCUCCUCUCCCUACCUGACCUACUUAGGGAAAAUAGUCCAGAUUGAUAAAGACCAUGAAGCUAGGGGAAGAGUUAAGUCCCAAACAAAGGGGGCAAAUCCUUAAGCAAUUGAAGCAUUGCAUAAACUGGGUUCAGUACAUAGGCAAGCACCCCUAAGGCAACCCGCCUACCGGAUCCCCGAGGUAGUGUGCGAGAAGAAAUUAAAGGUGAUCAAGCCCUCCAGUAACCUUAUCCAUCCGAAGUAGUAUUUGUUCCUAAGCUAGAUUGGUCCAUACGGUUCUGUGUAGAUAACCAUCUCUUAAAUGACAUGACUGACACCCACCCUAUGCCCUAGGUGGAUGAGCUGUUAGUAUUGCCAGAAGGAAUUACUUGAAUACAAUCAACUUGUGUAAGUGCUUUUGGAAAAUCCCCCUGGACCCAGAAGCCAUUUUGAAGUUUGCCUUCAUAACCCAGUUUGCCUUGUAGCAAUUUCAAGUCAUUAAUCAGGAUGAUGAAUGCCACCAAUACUUUUCAGCAGAUGGUUGAUCGACUUCUCUGGGCUGCAGGACUAUGCCUCUGCCUACUUAGAUGACAUCUGCAGCUCAACAUGGGAGGAGCACUUCCCACAUAGGGGACUGUAUUGGACACCAUUAGGAAGACGGGGGGGGGGUGGGGAGGAUUGAGAAAUGACAUGAACCAGCAAAAGUUGACGCUGUAAUUAAUUGGCCACAUGCCCACACAGAGACCCAGCUCCUGCCCUGAGAAGUCUGCUAUGCAGCCAUUAAAACGUAAUUCCUCAACUGCAGAUUUACCUGUAUGGACAUAUUUUACCAUACUAAUAUAUCACCCGUUGUUCUGGUUAAAUGGCGUAGCCGAAGGCCAUGCCAGACUACUAUAGUGGAGCCUGGCUUUCCUACCUUAUAACUUGUACUAUUUAGUACCAACCAGGGAAACCAGAUCGGAAAAUUGACAGAAGUCAAGGCCUACUAGUUGUUCCAAGCUGCCCUGUUUGGAUCUGGCUGUGUUUGCUGGUAAGGGUUAUUGUCACUGUGGGGAGGUGGUGGGGGACUGGUGCUUGUUCUGCCUUCGAGCUGGAUAAGCUCAGGUGAUCGCCUGAACCCAUUCUCACAAAGUGCGUGACUGGGAGAUACCCUCAAUCACUGUAACUGUUCACUGGUUCGGAACUGUAACACAAUCUGGUGAAUCACUGAUUGGGUGUCUCCAGGUUCCCUGUCCACCAACCACAGCGCUAUUUGGAGAGGAUGUAGGGGAGGUGAGGAGGCAUCAGAGGAUACCCAGGAUUUGAGGGCGCUUAUCUCCCCAGAGCUUCAGGAAUCUAUUUUGAGACUGGGACCAACCAGCCGCAUGCCCUGAACGUCACCCUGGAUCGGAGAAUAGCUGCAAUCGGGUGAAAUCUACGACAGGAAACCUGUUUCCCCCCUGGUCGGUGAGGAAUAUCACGGCAUCUAAAACCACGCAUAACCAUCUGGGACUGAGCUGUGCCAAGCUAACCCUAGGGGCCUAGUCUUCACCUCCAAGAUGGCGGCGGUAGAGACCUACUCCAUGAGGCUUGAGACCUCGACAGGACAUUCUAGCUGCUUUCGACUGCAUCUGCAAUGCAUUCUGGGACCGGCUGCGGCAUUGCGGAUCCCCUAGUUUGACACAGGCACCUGCUAAUAAGGCCACUGGGACUUGUGAAUCCCCAACACUCCAUCAGCAUAAGCCCCCGAACCCUCCCAGGAGAUGGAGUCAGGGAGGAAAAACCCCAACCCGCUCAACGCAUCUGUGUUCGCAGGAGCGGAUAGUCCACAUACAUGUCAUGACAUUGUAAGCCUUGAAUUGCCUGUCUUUGCUGUUGUGGCAUUGCAGGCUGGUUUGUAAAAUCUUUAGCACAGCAAAAAUAAAGAAUUCUAAAAAUAAAAAAAUUAUGUCCUUGUAUGUUGUUUUUUGCAAGUAUUUAUCCAAUUGCUGUUUAAACAUCUGUAUGGACUCUGAUAAAACCACAUCUUCUGGCAGAGAAUUCCACAUCCUUAAAGAAUUCCACAACCUUUUCUUUGUCUAAAGCUCCUUUCUUCUAGCCUAAAUGUGUGACGUUGUGUCCUAUGUAUAGCCCUGUUUAUGAAUAGAUUUCCAGAUAAUGGUUUGUACUGGCCCCAAUAUAUUUUGUAUAAUGUUUUGUCCCCUCUGGGGUGCAGUUUUUCCAAACUAAAGAGAUUUACUUUUUUUAAGCUUUCUUCAUAACUAAAGUGCUCCAUUCCUUUUAUCAAUUUUGUAGUAUUUAUGAAAUACUGAAAAGUGACAGAGGCACUUUAAUGUCUCUGCUUGUAGUUUAAUGUUCUAAAAUACAAUAAUGUAUUAAUGGGUGACAGUGUUUUGAAAGAAUGUUGCUUAUUAUAACUUUAUAUUUGUAAAUACUCACCACCCUUGCUUCAAACAAAUAUGCCAAUAAAUGUGACUUUUCACCAACCACAAAGUAAACCUACACAUUCUUCCUUUGAUGUUGUGUAGUAGGAGUAUAUAUUCUACAAGGUACUCAGUCUUGUACCAUUGUACCACAUAUUUAUUUAACCCCUUAAGGAUACAGCUUCAGAAGCUGGACACAAGCAAUUUUUGCUGUUUGUGUUCAAAUGCAAUUUGCAUCUCUCUCAUUUAUUGUACCAACACAUAUUAUAUACAGUUGUUUUUUUUUUUUUUUAGACAACAAAAAGGGCUUUAAUUUGAUGUGACAUAUACAUAUAUAAAUUCUCAUUUAUUACCAAAAUAAUGUGGAAAAAUUUUUGGCAAUAAUAAUGUGUGCAUAAUAUGUCCAGCUUAGGAAAAGUAAUUCAAAAUCAAUUCAUUUGUGUCUUCAUUUACAAAGUGCAUAAUAUGUGUAGGAUUUCAGUUUAUUUUGAAAGUUACAGGUCACAAACCACAGGGUCUAAAAUAAAAUUUCAAUGUGAAACAAUUUUAGAAGUUGGUAUGUCUGUCUUCGAAGUUUAAUACCCAUUACAGGAAACAAAAUUGCCACACAAAAUUAUAUAUUUAUAUAAAGUAGACAUCACAGGCUAUUUACCUAAGGUUAGUUUGACACUUUUUGCGUAGCCAUUUCACCGCCAAUCUCUGCUAAAUAUUGGAGUAAAAUUUUAUUUUUUCUCUAUUUUGGAAUAUACACAUAUUACAGGGUUUUUGUAAUGUGUAUUUUGUAAACCUAGUGUGUGUGCUAUCCCUGUACAGAACCCCAUAUUGUGUUCAGCUACAUCUGCUGAGUAAAACGAUACCCCCAUUGUAUACCUUUGCCCCUAUUCUGUAAAGCUACAAUGCCAUAUAGGAGACCAUGCUAUUUCAGUUUCUAUAGUUGGAAUUUCCAUAGAUGGUCAUGUUUGAUUUUGUGGCAUUAUAGCCAUUUGACUGUUCAAAUAACCCCACAAAGGCCUACCAUUUGAGAAAGCAGACACUCCAGGGUAUGUUAUUAGGCAUAUUAUACCUUAACUUGCCACCAUUUUUUCACAAAUUUAUUUCAAAUUUUGUGGUGAGGAAAAAAAAAACUUUUAUUUUUUUUAUUUAUUUUUUUUACAUGUUGCAUUUUCGCUGGGCCUUUCUUACAUUUGAUAAGUGCAACUGUCAUAAAUUCCCCCUAAGUAUGCCCAGUUACCUCUUCUGAGUAAAACAAUAAGCCCAAUGUAUGACCUAGACACUAUUUUGUGAAGUUACAGUGCUAUGAAAGAGACGUGACAAGUUCAGGUUUUUAAGUGUGAAUUUACAUGGAGAGUUUUAAUGGGUCCAUAUUCUAUUUUUAAAUAUGUUAGCAGGCUGCUUUUUCCAACUACCCCAAAAAUGCAUACUAUUUCAUAAAGAAGUUAGCUUGUACCAAAUGUAGUGGUAAUAAGCAUUUUUUUUCUGCCUUUUUGACACACAGUGAGUUUGUACUGUAUAUUUUGCAAACCUUAUGUGUGCUACGGCUUUAUAAUACUUUAUAUGUUGCUCAGCUAUGUUGUCUGAGUACAGCAAUACCCCCGUAUGUACCUUUGCCAGGUAUAUGUGGACGUUGAAAGGGCACAUUUCAGACACAGCCAUUGCAGGUUUUUUCAUACUAUUAAUUUUUACGCUGUGUUCAUACCCCACUCUGGAGGUUUUUUUGUAGGUUAAAUAUUCCAGCUACCCCAUAAAGGCAUACCAUUUCUUAAAGAAGACACCCUAGGGUAUUUCAAAAGAUGUGUUUUGAACCUUAGCAUGAAAUAAUUUUUUCGCUAGCUUAUACCAAGUGUAGUGGUAAUAAGCAUUUUUUUAUGACUUUUUGACAUACUCAAUGAGUUUGUAAUAUAUAUUUUGCAAACCUUAUAUGUGCUACAGCAGUAUAAUACAUCAUAUGUUGCUCCGCUAUGUCAUCGGAGUACAGCAAUUCCCCCGUAUGUACCUUUACCAGGUAUAUGACAACGUUGAAGGGGCACACUUGAGACACAGCCAUUUAAGUUAGAAUUUUUACUCUGGGUCCAUGCCCCACUUUGGAAUUAUUUUAACAGAUUGUGUUUUCCAAUUACUUCACAAAGGCAUACCCUUUCCUAAAGAAGACACUCCAGGGUGUUUCAAAAGGCAUAUUUGAAACCUUAGCGUGGUAUAAUUUUUUUUUCGCUAGCCUGUACCAAGUUUAGCGGUAAUACGCAUUUUCCUCCUUUUGAAAAUUUUUUUUUUAACUUUUCAAACGUUUUUUUUUUCACUUUUAAUUUUUAUUUUAACUUUUAACCCUUAACUAGCCUAACCGUAAAUCCCCCAAUUUCCCCACUAACUUCUACCCACCCUAGCUAAAUAAAUAAAUAUUUUAAAAUAUUUAAAUGAAUUAAUUAAAUACAUUUAACCUCUGAGGAUUAAAAAAAUAUAUAUAAAUUAACCCUCAGGUGAAAUAAUGUGAUCUGUAUUUUGAUCACUGCUGGCAGUGAUCAAAGGGCAGGGAAGGCGUUAGAUUUUAUUUAUAAGAGGUGAGGGGGAGGUGGGAUUUUGUAACUAACUUUUUUUUUUUUUUUUGUGCAGGGAGAGACAAAUCAGCACCUGUUGACAGCUCACACAGAGCUGCAGGGAAACAGAUCGGGUUUCACUGCAGCAUGUGUGAUCGCUCUGACUCCCGGUCAGAGCGAUCACAUGGGAUGAAUCAGUGAAACUGCCCAUGGUAGUGUGCCUCCGAUAUGGAGACACACUACAGGAAGAUUAACCCCACGAUUAUGGCAAUCAGGGGUAAAUUUCCGUCCAGCGUCCUUAAGGGGUUAAGAAACAAAUGGUUGUUUUUGUUGCAUUUGUGAAGAACCCCCAUGUUUUGCUUGUUUUCCUAGAUUCGUGAGACGCGACGCACGGUAAGAGACUCGGACAGUGGUGUGGAGCAGAUGAGCAUCGGACACCAUAUACGUGAGAGAGCUCACAUUAUGCAACGCUCCCACAACCGCCGCACAGGCGACAGAGAAGAAAUGCAGGAAUAUAUCAACAUGGACGAAAGUAUGAGUUCUUCACUACUGCUUCUCUUGUCCCAACUGCCUUUUAUUUCUCUCUUCCUUGUCAGACUCCUGUGCAUGUGUGCUUCAUUGCCUUUCAGUUUUCAUCUGUGUUUCCCUUAUAUGGCUCUUUUGUCUGUGCUAGUGAUGCCAGCAGCCAACACCAAGUCACCCACCAAUAUCAUUGCUUUCUAGAUGAAGCUGCUGGGUUUGAUGAAGAGUGGCAAAGAGAGACCUCCCGCUACAGAGGUCAAAGGGGAGUAACAUACAGGAGACGAGGGGCACAAGAAGAGCGCCUUGCCAUUCAAGCACCGGAAGACAGCACAGGCAGGCCAUCUCGCCGCUACGACUGGUGAAUGGGUGAGUGAAAAGAACCGUGAGGCAUAGGCCCGUUUAAUUUCCUUUCACCGUCUGCUUUUAAUGUUUCUAUUUUCCCUUCCAACAUAACGAUUUAAAGUUGUGGAUUUGGUAACCUUUUGUCAAGGACUUGAUAUCUUGAUCUAUAAAUGUUAAUUUUAUGUGUUGAACCUGUGCUCACAAAUAAACAGUAAGGGGUAGUUUUUAUUAAACAGAAAACUUGUUACAACUUAAUGGGGACAUUACAAGGUCAUCUUAUUGAUGGGAUACAAUACUUACUCGAGAGUAAUUUCACAAGGUAUUUAGAUACUGUUGUGAUAUCCAUUUUCCAUAAUAAGAAACAUUUACACUGUUUCCUGCAGAUGCAUCUAUAGGCAGACACCCCCAUCAAACACACCUGCAAGAGACACUGCAAUCUUGUUGCUGCCCUAAAGCAGCACGGUCACCGUCUGGGGACAUUGUGAAUUUGGCAAAGACCCCAUGACUGUAAAGAGACGUUGCCACUUUAAUUGUGCCAUUUGAAUUUCAGUUCACUACAAUUCAGAGUCUACUGAAUAACACCCAUAACCUCCAGAAGUCCACAUUAGAAUGGCAGAAGUGCAGUUGUCUGGGGAUAGGCCAUGUGAAACAUAUUGUAUAGUCUCAUUCAGCAUUGUCUCCAUGGACCCUUUGACUAAAAUCCCAAUCUUUACUAUAUUGCAAGUGAAUUGAUUUAUAGGUUGUGGUUUUGUUUUUGUUUUUUGUUUUUUUGCUCUAAACAAAACUGACACUUCUUUGCCAUAAAUUAAUCAGGGUCUCCUCCUUGACAUUAUCACUACGUUGUCAAAGGAAGGCACAGCCUUUAGUUCUGCCAGUGUUUUUGUCAGUUGUAAAAAGACAGCGCUAGUAUAUAACAGUCUACAGCGUGGCUUUUACAGCCAGUCCAUCAAGGUUAAUAAAUAAACUUACGACAGUAGUCAAUAGCCUUCCAGCUGAAGUGGUAGAGGUUAACACCGUGAAGGAGUUUAAGCAUGCGUGGGAUAGGCAAAAGGCUAUCCGAACUAUAAGCUAAGGCCAGGGACUAAUGAAAGUAUUUAGAAAAUUGGGCAGACUAGAUGGGCCGAAUGGUUCUUAUCUGCCGUCACAUUCAGUGUUUCUAAUUGAAAUCCAAGCAGCAAAAUUCAGUCUCCAGUAGGCAGUUUAUAACCAAGAUGUAUACUUUUUUUUUUUUUUUAAUAUAUAUAUUUUUCCCUUUACCCAUGUCGGGUAUUUUUGCUUAAACUUUGCAAUUUGGGCUUCAGUUUACUGCCCAUCAGAGCUUCGUGAAUAACAAUGUAUGUGUCUCGGCAAAGCUGUCAUAAUUGCCAAGACCUGAGCUAAAUGAAGUUGGCUUUCGGGUGCUGGGAAAUAUUUACACAUCUUGACAAAACUAUAGACUUUACCAUUCUUUAGUUGUUCAUUCUUUCCUUCAGUUCAGAUGUCUUUCUCUUAACCUUUUCACAGGUACUUUGUUGCAUACUUAUUUUGUGCUUCUGACUUUAUUCAGUUUUUUUUUUUUUAAACUUAUUUUUUAUUUUAUUUUUUCAGUUUCUCAUCAUUUGGAUCCAGGAAAUGGAACAAGAAAACUCUGAACAUUCUGAAUAUUCCCAGUGGGACCACACCAUCAUCUCCCUGACCACCCUUAUAAUGUCCUGUCAUUUCCCUGAAACCCUCCUCUACGUCACCUCCUCUGUCAUCCCACCAGCCCCCUAAAUUUCUCAUGUUGAAAUAUUUCCCUAUUAUUAUUAUUAUUAUUAUUAUUGUUAUUAUUAUUAUUAUUAUUAUGCCAACCAUGAACUCAAGAAUGAGUUUCUGCCGAUAUGUGGGGUGGAAUGGAAAUUAGUGGGGAGGGGGGCAGGGUUAGUUAAGGUUAGGUUGGGGUUAUGCAAUGCUCUUCCCACAAGGUGGACAUAGUUUGAAAAUUCUAGUGUGAUGGGUGGGGGAGCUGUUGAUGGGAGAUGUUCUGUACAGAGGAAUUGUGAUAGAAGCUCUUUGGAAAUUUCUUACUGGACAGAUAUUUAUUAGGAAGGGACCAGUGCUGUUGCUCUCUCCAGACUGGCGAGUGCUCUGAAUUUGGGAUAAAUAUCUUGUUACUUAGGUGGGCAUUGGGAUUAGACACUGCAGGUGGUAGAGAUAUGGAUGAAGCUAUGCUCUAUCUUGUAGGGAUUUGUAGUAUAACAGGUUUUUGUUUCACAAGGUUUAAUAAUUGUAAAAUUAAAUUAAUAAAAGGAGAAGGUGCUCAUCUUGUUUGCUCAUGCAUUCAAUUUUUGAUACAGUACAAAUAACCAGAAUCACUACUUGUCUGAUAUGUCCUAAUUCCAUGUGUACAUCUGCUGGUUCAAGUCUUCUGGGACCAGUGACCAAACACGUGGAGCAACUUAUAACUUCGCAAGGCACGAUAUACUGGAUGACAUGAG